GUGACUUUGAAUAGCCGUUGUCUUCCUCUUUCAUCCGAGUCCUUUGUUCAUAAGAACAGAACGCAGCUCUCAGUCUCCUAGACCCACACACACUGACUCUCUCUCUCCCCCUCCCUUAAUUUCUGCUGUCUUUAAGCUAAAUGUAACAUUUCACAGAGCCAGCAAGACCUAGGCUGGAUUCUGUAAUGGCAUAUAUGUGCACAGACAGCGGAAACCUGAUGGCGAUUGCCCAGCAAGUCAUCAACCAAAAGCAGCAGCAAGAACAGCAACAGAAGCAGCAGCAGCAACAGCAGAUCUUUUGCCUGAAUCCAUGGCCUUCCGCCCACGCCGCCUAUAGUCCCACCUUCGGAUAUGGGCUCGCCGCCGGGUCUGCGUUAACCGACCCGUUUCAGGUCCCCGGCGGCGCGGACGCCUCCGACCCGGGAUUUCAGUUUCCCAACUUCGAACACUCCUGUGGUUUUUUCCCGUUUACGGAUUUCGUUGGUGGCGGACCCGGUGGCGAGUUCGACUCGGAUGAGUGGAUGGAUAGUUUGAUGGGCGGUGGGGAUUCCACGGAAAGUUCUAAUCUUCAAUCCGGAUGCGACGCGUGGCAGACUGGCUCCGAGUUCGGUGUAUAUGCUGCCGAUCCUUUUGUUUGCCCGAGUCGACUCAGUGUUGCCUCCUGCGAGCAUUCAGAUCUUAACCGGGUUAUUUUCUCCGACGACCAGAAGAAUGCUAAUGUAGCUCCUCUAUUACAGCCGGCUUCCGAUUGGGUCCCUUCUUCUUCGUCCUCGCCUUCCACAAAGCCGUCCGGUAACGACACCAAGCCCUCAAGCCCGAGCCCGGCCCACCGAGACGACUUUGCAGCAGCGCCAGUUACUACCUCUACCGCCUUAGCCUCGCCGGAUAAUCUGUCUUCAAAACCAUUGCUUAAAGCGUUAGUCGACUGUGCUAGAUUGGCGGACUCGGAACCAGAAAAUGCUAGGAAAUUGCUGGCUCGACUCAGAGAAUCCGUUUCCGAAGAGGGUGACCCGAGCGAGCGAGUUGCUUUCUACUUCUCCGAAGCGUUAUACAGUCGGAUUUCUCGGAAACCGGCGAAGAUUCCGUUGGCCGUCGAUUCAAGUCUGGAGGAGUUCGCUUUAUCUUACAAAGCUUUCUACGACGCCUGUCCGUACACGAAGUUUGCUCACUUGACGGCAAAUCAAGCAAUUCUGGAAGCCACCGAGAAAGCUUCGAGGAUUCACAUCGUUGAUUUCGGAAUCGUCCAGGGAAUUCAAUGGGCUGCACUUUUACAGGAUCUGGCGACCCGACCCGCCGGGAAGCCCGAAUGCGUACGGAUAUCCGGCAUCCCUUCACCGGUUCUAGGGAAGUCCCCGACGGCGUCGCUUCUGGCAACCGGGAACCGUUUGCGUGAUUUCGCGAAGAUUCUGGAUCUCAAUUUAGAGUUCGAACCCGUGGAGACGCCGAUCCAUGAACUAAACGGGUCGGUUUUAAGGGUUGACCCGGAUGAUGUACUAGCCGUAAAUUUCAUGCUUCAGCUAUAUAAUCUGUUAGACGAGACCACCGCCAUUGUAGAGACCGCACUGAAGCUAGCGAAAUCAUUGAAUCCGAGUGUUGUAACUUUGGGCGAAAACGAGCUGUGCUUUAAUCGGGCCGGGUUCCUGGAGCGGUUCACAAAUGCACUGAAUUACUACUCAUUAGUUUUCCAAUCUUUGGAUCCGAAUAUGCCCCGAGACUCGCCGGAGAGACUACAGGUGGAAAGACUGCUGCUAGGCCGGAGAAUAUCUGUGAUGGCGGGCCCCAUUGAAACUGAGGCGUAUAGUAAAGAGUGCAGUGAUAAGAAUGAUGAAGAUAAAGAACAAUGGAUUGUUCUGAUGGAAAGUGCAGGUUUUGAACCGUUACCCCUUAGCCAUUAUGCAAUGAGUCAAGCUAAAAUCCUUCUCUGGAAUUAUAAUUACAGUUCAUCUUAUGGGCUUAUAGAUUCUCCCCCUGGAUUUCUCUCCUUAGCUUGGAAUGAUGAACCUCUGCUCACUGUUUCUUCAUGGCACUGAAUGGAUUUUAAAAAAACCGUAGAUUUUUCUACCGCUGGUCUUUCUCUGUGGUGUUAACUCUUCCUCUAGCUUCCAAAGUGAUGUUUUUUAUGAGAAAGAUUUAGUCUAGUUUGAAAAUUUUGAGCUCUUAUAGUUUAGAAAAACCACUCGAGAUGUUUAAUUAGUUUUUGCAUCUUUGUUCAUAUCUUUGGUGCCUUUUUUGCCAAGGUUUUUUGCUUUGGAGUUUUUCUUGUUUUGGUCAAGUGAAAGUAUAUUAUCUUCUGCACCUGUUUUUUGGAGGUGGUUUGAAAUGCAGGAAACAAAAUUAAGUUUUAACUGUUCAUAUGUAUUGAUUUGCUAUUAGUACAUGGAUUUACUUUGACAAUUAA